UAGUUAAAUCUCUCUCCUAACUAACACUACCAAACAAAAUCCUGACCUUUCUUUUCUCACUCUCCCUUUUCCUCUCUUCUUCUUCUUCUUCUCCCCCUUCACUCUCUCUCAUACACACACAAAAGCGCAACUAACGGCAUAUUCUCUCUCCUCUAUUCCCUAUCUUAAAUUUAUCCUUUUUUCUUUACUUUCCAAAUGUCGAUUAAUUAGUACUACUAGAUACAUCGUUUAAUUCAUUUGAGUUCCUUAAAACGCGUCGUUUUAAUCCAUGGUGGUGAAGAUGAUGAAAUGGAGGCCAUGGCCGCCGCCGAUGUUGACGAAAAAAUACGAUGUUAAAGUGGUUGUGAAGAAGGUGAAAGGGUGGUGUGAUCAGGUGCGGGAAGGUGUAGAAGAAGAUCAUUGUGAUGAAGAUCAUCAGAUUAAAUUAACGGUGGAGAUUCGUUGGAAAGGUCCGCCUAAUGAAAAGAAAGUUGCUCUUAUGAGAAGAAAGUCAUCAAUUAAGAGCGAUAUCACUAAGGAAGUUGAAGGAAAUCAAAACGGUGCCGUUUUUCAGUGGGAUGAGGAGUUUCACAGUGUUUGUACUUUUUCUUCUAGUAAAGAUAAUUGCAAUUCUUUUCUUCCCUGGGAGAUCGGAUUUUCCCUUCUUCAUGGUUCAAAGCCAAGUCAAAAGAACAAGGUUCCUGUCCUUGCAACUGCGUCGCUAAAUGUAGCUGAGUAUGCAUCUAUGACCGAGCAGAAAGAAUUUGACUUAAGCCUUCCUCUGACCGUUUCAGGCGACGUUGCUGAUCUGUGUCCUUCACUACACUUAUCACUAAGCUUUGUGGAACUUAGAACUACACAAGAUUCUGGAGAUUCACUCAAACGGUCUAUUGUUCCUGUGUCGUCACCUCCACAGUCCACAGACACACUUCCUUCAGAGAAAGAUGAACUUUCUGCUCUGAAAGCCGGUCUAAGAAAAGUAAAAAUCCUGACAGAAUAUGUCUCUGCUCGAAGAGCAAAAAAAGCAUGUCGUGAGGAUGAGGGCAGUGAAGGGAGGUGCUCUUCUAGGAGUGAGGAUGGUGAUUACCCGUUCGAUUCAGACUCCUAUGAUGAAUUUGGUGAAGGAGAGACAGAUGAAGCAAAGGAGACUUCUAGUGUUAGGAAGUCGUUUAGUUAUGGGAGUUUGGCUUAUGCUAAUUAUAUGGGAGGGUCAUUUAUUUCUAGUACACGAGUCACUAGCCAGGAUGAAGAUUCCAUUUACUACAGUCACCGGAAGUCAGAUGUUGGAUGCUCGGUUAAUGAAGAUUCCACUUCUGGGGCUAGUGAGCUACCACUUGUCCAGAGUUCAAAACGUAGCAUUCUUCCUUGGAGAAAGAGAAAGCUAAAUUUUAGGUCCCCUAAAGCUAAGGGAGAACCAUUGCUGAAGAAGGCAUAUGCUGAAGAAGGUGGAGAUGAUAUUGACUUUGACAGACGGCAGCUCAGUUCAGAUGAAUCCAUCUCACUUGGAUGGCGUAAAAGUGAAGACGAUUCAGCAGCAGAUCGGCCCUCAAUAUCAGAAUUUGGUGAUGAUAGUUUUGCUGUAGGCAGCUGGGAACAAAAAGAAAUUGUGAGCCGUGAUGGACUGAUGAAGGUUUAUGCAGAGGUUUUCUUUGGUUCCAUUGAUCAAAGGAGUGAGAGAGCAGCUGGUGAAAGUGCUUGCACUGCUUUAGUUGCUGUUAUUGCUGACUGGUUCCAUAACAAUUGUGGGAUGAUGCCCAUCAAAUCCCAGUUCGACAGUCUGAUCAGAGAUGGCUCACUUGAGUGGAGGAAACUCUGUGAGAAUGAAGCAUAUAGGGAAAGGUUUCCCGACAAGCAUUUCGAUCUAGAGACUGUUCUGCAGGCUAAGAUUCGCCCUCUUUCCGUUCACCCAGGCAAGUCUUUUAUCGGGUUUUUCCACCCUGAAGAAACUGUUGAGGGUAAAUUUGACUUUCUACAAGGUGCAAUGUCAUUUGACGGGAUAUGGGAUGAGAUUAGCCGUUGUAGUUUGGAGUGCCCUACCUAUGGUGAUCCUCACGUGUUCAUUAUCAGUUGGAACGACCACUUCUUUAUUCUCAAGGUGGAACCUGACGCUUACUAUAUCAUUGACACAUUGGGAGAGAGGCUCUAUGAAGGAUGCAAUCAGGCCUACGUGCUGAAAUUUGAUCGAAACACCAAGAUUGUAAGACUCCCAGCUAACUCCCAACCAGCAGAUGAAAAACCUGCUGUAGAUCAACCUAUGGUGGAAAAUGGGUCUGAGCAGAGAAAUGGACCUACUGAUGAGUCCAAGGCUGAAGAGCUUGUGAAGAGUGAGGAAGAGGAAUUGGUUUGUCAAGGGAAGGAGGUUUGUAAGGACUACAUCAAGAACUUCUUAGCAGCACUUCCAGUAAGAGAACUUCUAGCAGAUGUCAAGAAAGGGUUAUUGUCUUCUCCCCCAUUGCAUCGUCUUCAGGUUGAGUUUCACUAUACACAGUUUCUCUCUCCUCCAUUAGCCGAGGCAUCAUCAUCAGCUGCUGAAGUGGUGUCGACAACUACAAACUUGCUGCAUGAAAUGGAAGUAGCAAUAUCUGAAGUUGCCGCUGCCUAGGACGGUGUAUAUCUUAGCCAAGGUUUUAACUGCACUAACUGCUUUUUCCGUUGUUUCUAGUUAUUUGCUUUGUAAGGGCUGAAACGGAUUCGAGAUAAGCAAGAUUAACUCGUCCGAGCCUUUCUUUUGGUGGCUUAUUUUUUUGCAAAGCUCUUAGGAAAUAGAACUGCAUUUCCUUUUGUAAUCAUUGCUGGCACAACUUUAAUUAAUCUUGUAAAGGGUCAGUUUGGAAUGAAACUAGGCCUUUUUGGAAA